CCGCGUCAUAGCAACAGCCGCGAGGCAACAUUGGUUCCCUCCACAUCGAGACGCGUCAUGUCGGCAACAUGUUUUCAUUCAAACGAACAAACACCACGCCAGUCGUGCGUGGAUAGCGGCAACGUUGCUAGCUCAUGUUAGAGUCGUUGGAAACAUGGGCGACAAAAACUUAACAUUAGUCAAGAGCAUUGAAAAAUUUCCAUGCCUUUAUAACCACCACUGCAUUGAUUACUCCAAAAAGGAAGUUACCGAUAUCGCCUGGAACGUAGUAGCCAACGAAACAAAACUCACAGUUGCGGAAUGCCGAGAGAAGUGGAAAAACCUACGUUAUGGCUUUAUACGUAGUUUGAGACCAAAUCCAGACGGAUCAUCGAAGAAAAAAUAUUAUUUACAUGACGACAUGGAGUUCGUAUUGCCUUUUAUAAAAUUCUUAUCCAAAAGUAGCCAGAUGCCUGCAACCAAUCUAGAAAUUGAUACAGAUGAUGAUAUAAAUGACUAUACUACUGAUAAAGGACAAUCACCACAAUUUGAGUAUGACAAUUUGUUCCAAAAUGCUGAACCACUCAGAAAAAAGAUAAGGUUAUAUGAACCUGAUAGAAUUAAUGAUGCAAGAAAAAUGUUCCUUCUUAGUUUAUUACCCGAAGUAAAUGAACUAACAGAGAAUCAAAUGAAAUGUUUUAGAAGAAAAGUGUUAGCAUUAUUAGAUGAAAUUGUCGAUAAUAUUCCAGAUCAAUCUGAAAUUGACAGCAACGAUUGUAUAAUAAAAAGGGAAUACGAAUGAUCAACUUUAUUUUUCUUUACUUUUUCUAUAAAUAACCUUGAUUCUCCAUUCU